AUGGGUGCCUCGGAGUCCAAGUUGGUCUUUAAACAAGGCAUUUUCCGACUCUCUGAGCAGGCCAACAUCCCUCCAGACGAUCAGUAUUGGACUGGGUUCUGGGAAUUGCCAGAGUCGGUCGAAGAUGUCUUCAGUCUGUUCUCGCCCGUAGACAUACGGCGAACCCGCGAUACGUCGUUAUCCAAUCUAGAGACUCUAUUACUUGCAAUAUGCUCCCGUCUGGUUGCGCUACGUCACCACCCAUCGUUCCCCGACCCUGAGAUUGCACCUGCAAAGGACGCGCUGAACUGUAUCCGUAUCCUGACACGUUUGCUGCCGUAUAUCUACGAGACUGAUAACUUGGAGGAGUGGGAAGAUGAGUUCUUCUGGAGGAGGAGACGGAAAUUGUCUCGCAAGGCGCAGUUGUCGUCCCGAGUGCUUUUUGAUGAAUCCCGCCAUGAAGAUGACGAGGAGGAAGGAAAUGGACAGACUGGCAGGAGAGGGGUAGCAAGGGAGGAUUACGAAGAUGUCAAACCGCUUGCUGAGGAACUGCUGGAUACGCUUUUAGACUUGCUAUUCUUCAGCGGGUUUACAAUACCACAGGUGCCGGCGUCAAAGGGAAAAGUGGUGUAUUCUAUAUGGCAGAGUGGUGUAGGGUGCAAUACUGCAAUGGGCUCGAAUAAGGAGCUGGAAAGCAAUCGGACUGAGGUGCUGAGGCUGCUGCUCACCAUUACCGGCCAGUCUAUGUACAUGCAACCAAACCUUUUACCCGUGAAGGGAGUGAAGUCUCUCACUUACCUCGUUACAUGUGGUGAGAAGAAGCUGGUCAUGUCUCUACUCUGCUCUCUGCUGAAUACGACAAUUAAAUAUAACCCUACACCAUGGCGGUUACCAUACGAUCAUGUUGUUUGGAAAGAUCCCAAGCAGAUACUCGUCAUUUACUGUCUACAAUUCUUACUCGCCCUCCUUCUUUACCCUAUCCCAGAAGACGGCCGUGGUGCUCUGCCUAAGAACUACUAUCGCCAUUUUCUCGGAAGGCUGCAUCAGCCUCAAGAUUUCCAGUUCCUAGUCGAAGGCAUGACUAGAAUACUGAAUCAGCCGAUGCAAGCAACCUCCUCAUAUCUGCCAGGAAGCCAGAAAUCAAUAAAAUGGGCACCAGAGAUGCUCAUGCUAUUCUGGGAAAUGGUCCAGUGCAACAAACGGUUCAGAUCGUUCAUUGUAGACUCUAAUCGCGCCCAUGAUUUUAUCGUCAUUUGCACUUUCUACGCAAUCGAGUAUAAGACGGACCCGUCCAAAAAUGGCUUGGUCAAGAUGAAAUUCGAGGCUCAGGAUACUCUGCCACCUAGCAUACGGCUGGAGAAUUUCGGUGGCACUUACGGUGACUUUUUGAUCAUUUCCAUCCAUACCCUCAUGACCACCAGUAAAGGCAAACUAGAUGCCGUAUACCCAGCUCUCCUCGCCAUCAUCAACAAUGUAGCAGCUUACGCCCAACGGCUCUCCCCAGCCUGUGCCUUCAAGAUUCUUCAACUGUUCGUUUCAAUGUCUUCCCCGAGUUUCCUUUUGGCCAAUGAGACCAACCAUCUCCUUCUAUCCUCCCUCCUUGAAUUCAUAAAUACCGUCCUGGAGCAUCAGUUUAGUAAAAACGCAUAUAUGGUCUAUGUUGUGCUCAAAUCCAGGCACCGGUUCGAAUCUCUACGUGCGUUCACUCUAGAGAGUGGCCAGCAGGAAAUAGAGCAACAGAAUCAACUGCGGAAAGCUACUUCUAGUUCUAGUGGUGAUUUCUCAACUAACUCUCGCACCCAUGCAAGAGACUCCUAUGAGGCAGGAAACGGGAGGCGGCCUUUAAGUCAUGUCCCGGAAGAGGAAGAUGGGACAUUUGCCAUUGGAGACGAUGAUUCAGACGAAGAGGGAGAUGGUGGCCAACCUGCUUCUCAAGUAACUUCUCCGACUGCUGAAAGUUUCUGCUCAGCACCUGUAUCACCACUGGAUGAGUCUGUCCCUCUCCAGCUUCGAGGUUUGUCUGAAAAAGCACGAGGCAAGAUGCCAGCAGGCCAGCCGACAUUUUCCCGCCAAAACAGCAUGACGAGUCUAAACAGCUAUGCCCCCACCGUCACCACGAAUGCUCGUGGCUUUGUGCCUACGUCAGCAUGGAUUGAAACCUGGGUACCCGAACUCCCCCUUCACACUAUUCUGACCGUGAUAUCAGCGAUAUCACAUCGCAUCCCCGCGGUCGCCCUUGAGUCCUCACUAAACCCAGAAGCUCGGACUCUGAUAUCAGAGCUCCCAUCCUUCGCCGCAGCUCCGCAGAUUAGAUCGAUACUAGCUGAGCCAUCACCCAUCCGCGUGCACAUGUUCGAAUGGUCGCCUCUCUCUCUCGGCUGGUACGAGUCGCUUCUCUGGGGGUUUAUCUUUGCUAGCGAAAUGGUCGUGGGAUCGGCUGCCAACUCGACUCCGGGAACCGUGGGUGUCUGGAACGGGACAUCCAUCAAGCUAUUCAGAGUACAAGAGACGGCAGCACAGGGGCCGACGCUACUUGCUCCCAAGGGCGCGGUUGAUGCCGUGGGGAGCAGCCUGGUGCAGCGAAUUGGGAGUCUGAACAUCACAGGCCGAAGUAAUAGUAACAGCCAGGAAGGACGAGAAGAGCCAGGAGGCACCGUCCGGGUGAGAGAGGUUUAG